CAAGGACGGCCUUUGACUACUAAGAAUCAUCAGAAUCGCUUUGGGCCAGAUGGGGCUUCGAUAGUUAUCUUCCGAUCAAUUUCAGACGCGAGCCAAGUCGACGGUACUUGGAUGGUUGAACGACUGGAUGGUACGGACCUUGCAAGCCUGGUGCAGGCGCUGAUAUAUAUGUGAUUGGCAGUGAUUGUACCUAGUUCUGCCUUGCAGCGCAACACCACGAUCUGUCAGAGUGCGCCGCUUCCCUGUUUCUGUAUGGCUGAGGAAGGUGCACUGACUCCCCAGAGAUAGCGUCGUGACCAAUUUGUGGGAAUGGAAGCGAACUAUCUGAACACUGCCGAGGGCGCAGACAUUCUUGCCCUUCCCGUUGGAGACUUACAUAUAGAUACGCCUCUCGAGGAGUACGGCCUGAACUUCUGCUGGCCUGUCAAACCUCUGGAAGGUUCGGGCGUUCGAUCCGAGUUACGACGCGCAGCCAAGCAUCCACGCCAGGGCUCUGCACUCCUCAAAGAUGACCCAGAUCAGACAUCGAUAUAUCGCUACGAAAGUCGAGUCUUUCCAGCGACGCUGACGGACCUUCUCACUCGCGCGGAAGAGUCCUGGCGUCGGCGGUCCGACCAGUACGUGUUCGCGAUCCUCGACCUGAGCCGUCCGUAUGUCGAGGGCAGGCCAUGUGGCGGUCGGAUUGCAGGCAUCAUAGGCCUGCGCGCUACGUCCGCCCCAGACUUCGUCGGGGAGAGCGGGCACGUGGUUGUCCUCCCUCGCGCGCAGCGAACACACGUCAUGACGAACGCGCUGUGCCUUCUCCUCAAAUACUGCUUCACACCUCGCACGCAAGGCGGUCUCGAGCUCCGCAGGAUGGAGUGGAUAGCCACUGCGGCCAACGACGCGUCCAGCGCGGUGCCUCGCCGCCUUGGUUAUGCCUGCGAUGGUAUACGGCGAUGGCGGGGCGUGGUAACAAAUCCACGAAGCGCGACGCAAAGGAAGUGGUAGGCGAGUACGGUAGGUCGGACGCGGGGAAAGGGUGGGAUUGGAGCUGCUGGGCGCUCACCUUCGAAACCUGGAGAGACGGUGCGAAGGUCCGCGUGGAUGAGUUCCUGGCCAGAGAGAUGACGCAGAACGCGGUUUGGGACCAUUGAGGGUGAUCUGCUUCAAACAUGUAUGGCAGUUGUCGGCGACUCGCGUGCAAAACUCCACAUACAUACAUGCAUGGUUGUCG